CGCGUCAGAAAAGUAGGGUAAACGUGGGCAUGUCAUUGGCACGUUUUGGAGGUCAAGCUAUGGCGGUUUUGGAGAGCCCUGAUUUCUUGGCGCUCACGGGGAGCGUUUUGGCUAUGUGAUUUGGAUCGGCGGCACUGCUCCGGCGCAUCGGCGCUUAGAUUCUCUCAGGUGCAUUUUUGACCUAGAUUGAUCCUUGCCUGCGCGGGAAUGGGGCUUUUGUGAGCUUGGCGGCGCGAUCUAGCGAUGGAGGCAACGGAAAGGCAAAGAUUCGAAAGGCUUUGAGAGCUUUCAAUCAUGUGUGCGGCCUUUGCAGAGGACCAGGGAUCCGUCAAGUCGGAGGAUUCGCUCACGGGACGCGCCAAAUUCCUGUGCAGCUAUGGUGGUCGAAUCAUGCCUCGCCCGCACGACUCCCAGCUCCGCUACGUGGGUGGUGAGACGAGAAUUCUCUCGGUGCACAGGGGCGUCUCAGUGAUCGAUCUCAUGACGAAGCUCCGAAAGAUCUGUCCAUACGAGAGUUUUAUCCUCAAGUACCAGCUGCCAAACGAAGAUUUGGACGCGCUGGUCUCGGUGAUCUCGGAGGAGGACCUGGAGAACAUGAUGGAGGAGUAUGACAGGAUGGAAUCCAAGGAUUCAUCGUCGAGGCUGAGGCUCUUUCUCUUUCCGGUGUCCGCGAAGCAGCCACCGGGUCACGAGAAUGCUGGCGAUCCGGAGCACAAGUUCGUCGAGGCUGUGAAUGGAGUUUAUAGGAAGGCCAACGUGGUUUUGGAGGAGCAGCACAAAAAACCUGUGGUUUUGGUCGACAAGGCGGCGCCACCUCUAGUAGCACAGCAAAGUCCAGCCAUGCCUAUGGCAGCACCGCAAGUUGUAGCAGUUCCUCCUGCGGUUCUACCUCAAGUUCUACAACCUCAAAUCGUACCAGCUCCAGUCCCAGCUCCAGUUCAAGCUCUAGUUCCUCCAGCCCCGGCAGCAGCAUCUCCAGCCCCAACUCCACUUCAAGCUCUAGCUCCAGCAGCAGCAUCUCCAGCCCAAGCUCUAGCUCCAGCGGCAGCGUCACCUCUGAUUCCAAGCGUUGUGCCACCAGUAGUAUCACCCCAGGUUUUGCCACCAUCCGUUCCAGUGAACCUCGUCACAGUUCCAACCAAGAACUUGACAGCAGCCGCGACGCCCCCUCGAAUUUACGCGCCUGGAACUCCCUCACUUGUUCCCGGAGCUCAGGCAGCAUCGCCAGUUCUGGUUCCGCAAGUAGUGGCUGCUCGAUCGGUAGUGCCUCAGGUGAUGGCAGCGUCGAGAGCCGUGGUGCCAUCGUCGACUUACGUGCCUCUGGUGGAGGUUUCACGGGGUAUACUGCCCAAGGGAAUGGUGAUCAGGCAGUACUCCGUGGAGGACGAGCACUCGGACUCCGUGUCGUCGCAAAGCAGCAGCCAGCUAACCGACAUGAGCUCGCUGGCUAUGGAUCGACGAGACUCUGGGGAGAGCGACGCCAUGGACAGGAGAGCUUUGGACGCCACUCUCUCGGACUUCGAGAAGCUCAAGGUGGCGGAGAGGCCUCAAGAGAAGCUACUCGUUCAGCACAUCCCGAGAGGCGAGCUGCUAGACGUGCACAAGACGAACGGGUUGCCUCAGCGGCUUGUUCCAAUGGGACUGGAGGCUUUGGCUCGUCCUCCAGCAGUAGCCGCUGCUACUCUUGGGCAUCAAUUCUACGCUCCCAGCAGUGACGCUCUUCACAGGAAACUCCUGGAGCAGCACGCGAUCCCUCGACCGGUGUCGACUCCAAUGCUGCAGCAGGCCGUGGAGAUUCCAGCGGUUGCCACUGCCACUGCUCACCAUCCUCAGGUACACAGGCAGUUUAGCGAUCGCUCCGAGCCGCAGCACUUCCAUCAGCAGCAGGAGAACAGGCCAGCUUUCGUCGGGAUUGGAAUGCCGGAAGUCGUGAUCCAGCGGCAGCGCGACGAGAGGUUUCCAGUUCUUCAUCCGGCAAAUGGGCUCAACAAGCAAACGGAUGUACAGCUCGCCCAAAAGGCCUAUCAAGGUUUUAGCUAAUCCUUUCAAGGCUCCGUAGUUUCUCCUUAAUAAAAUGGCUAUGACUUAUCAAAA